AUGACAACAACUUCUGCUGCACCACCACCGCCACAACAACAACAACAACAACAAACUAUUGUAUACAAUGCGUAUGCAUCUCCUUACAAUCUAAUGAAGAAACCCAUAUCAUCAUUUGCUCAUGCAUCUCGGCAACAACGACUUCUCAUACCCAGCAUCACACCAUCUGGUUUGGAUUCUCAAGCAUUAGCGUACGAACGGGAAAGACGGAUUCAAACAAGAAUGGUUUAUCGACAAUCGAAAUUGGAAUCUGAUACAAAAGAAAGCAUGAUAUCUGAUCUGAAAAACAAUAUCAAAUCUGGUACGAUUGCCGACAAAAUCAAAGCUAUCAUUGAAUUGAAAGGAUUGAAAUUAUUGGAAAAACAGAAAAAAUUACGACAUGAAUUUGUGAAUGGGAUGGCAAAAGGAUCUGUUGUAGCGACAAGCGCUGAUCGACUAGCGUAUCGAAAGAUGAAGAAACUUUCAUUAAGGGAAGCACGAGCCAUGGAAGCCAUUGAACGACAGCAACGUAUAGAUCGACAACAACGUGAAAAGCAAAUACAUUUAGAACAACUACAAAGCAUUUGUGAUCAUGGACGAAAUUUGGUAUCAUUACAGCGGGUAUGGCAAGCAAAACAAACCAAACUGGGUCGAGCAGUAGUACAAUUCCAUCAACAUAUUGAAAAGGAAGAACAAAAGAAGGCAGAACGAUUAUCCAAGGAGCGUAUCAAAGCAUUGAAAAAUGAUGAUGAAGAGGCUUAUAUGAAAUUAAUCGAUGAAGCCAAAGAUACCCGAUUGACUCAACUUCUUCGACAAACUGGUGCGUUUUUGGAAUCUCUUUCACAGGCAGUCAUAGCUCAACAAAAUGAUCAACGUAUUACCUCUUCAGCAAAUGACAUUUCCACCAUUGAUAUUGAUGAAGAUGAAGAUGAAAAUGGAGCGGUGACAAAGGUGGAUUAUUUCAAGGUCACUCAUAGAAUCAAAGAAGAAGUGUCUCAACCAUCAAUUCUGGUGGGUGGUACUCUGAAGGAUUAUCAGAUCAAAGGUCUUCAAUGGAUGGUAUCUUUAUUCAACAAUCAUUUGAAUGGGAUUCUUGCCGAUGAAAUGGGUCUUGGGAAAACAAUUCAAACAAUCAGUUUGAUUACAUACCUUAUUGAAAAGAAGAAGCAGCAAGGACCAUACUUAAUUAUUGUACCAUUAUCAACAUUAACAAAUUGGAAUCUGGAAUUCGAUAAAUGGGCACCAUCUGUAACCAAGAUUGUUUACAAGGGACCUCCUCAAGUCCGACGCAAUUUACAAAUGGAUAUUCGUCAAGGUGGUUUUCAAGUGUUGUUGACGACUUUUGAAUAUAUCAUUAAAGAUAGACCUAUCCUUAGUAAAAUCAAAUGGCUCCAUAUGAUCAUUGAUGAAGGUCAUCGUAUGAAGAAUACCAAAUCCAAAUUGACUCUUACUUUACGAUCAUAUUACAAUACACGAUAUCGAUUGAUUUUGACCGGGACUCCAUUACAGAACAACUUGCCAGAAUUAUGGGCUCUUUUGAACUUUACCCUUCCAAAAAUCUUCAAAAGUGUCAAAAGUUUUGAAGAAUGGUUCAAUACUCCUUUCUCCAAUCAAGGUGUACAAGACAAGAUUGAUCUCAAUGAAGAAGAACAACUUUUGAUCAUCAAACGUCUUCAUAAGGUACUUCGUCCUUUCCUUUUAAGACGAUUGAAGAAAGAUGUGGAAUCAGAAUUACCAGAUAAGGUGGAAAGAGUGGUCAAAUGCAAAUUAUCAGCUUUACAAUCAAGACUUUACUCACAAUUGAAGAAACAUGGCAUGUUAUAUACUUCCAAUGGCGACAAAGGAAAAACCGGUAUCAAAGGGCUCAACAAUACUAUUAUGCAACUUCGAAAAAUAUGCAACCAUCCAUUUGUUUUCGAAGGUGUAGAAAAUACAGUGAAUCCAAGUAGACGAUCGAAUGAUAUGCUUUACCGAACUGCUGGCAAAUUUGAACUUUUAGAUCGAAUGUUACCAAAAUUACGACAAACUGGACAUAGAGUAUUGAUUUUCUUCCAAAUGACACAAAUCAUGAGUAUUAUGGAAGAUUUUAUGAAUUAUAGAGGAUUUGCUUAUUUACGAUUAGAUGGGUCUACGAAAUCUGAUGAUCGAUCCCAACUAUUACAAAUCUUCAAUGCUCCGGAUUCACCUUACUUUAUCUUCUUACUAAGUACUCGUGCUGGUGGUCUUGGGCUCAAUUUGCAAACGGCUGAUACAGUCAUCAUCUUUGAUUCUGACUGGAAUCCUCAUCAAGAUUUACAAGCACAAGAUCGGGCACAUCGUAUUGGUCAAACAAAAGAAGUUCGUAUUUUCCGUUUGAUAUCGGCCAAUUCGAUUGAAGAAAACAUUCUUGCAAAGGCAAAUUAUAAAUUGGAUAUUGAUGGCAAAGUGAUUCAAGCUGGUAAAUUUGAUAAUCGUAGUACGGAUGAAGAUCGUGAAGCAUUUUUGCGAACAUUAUUGGAAGACAAGACAGAUGAAGAUGCUGAUAGUGAUGCAGAAGAAGAUCUAGAUGAUGAAGAACUCAACGAAAUGUUGAAACGUUCCGAUCAAGAACUUGCUAUCUUUAAGAAAAUCGAUGCUGAACGGAAUCGUACUGAAUCUGAACUUCAUAAACGUAUGAAUGGUCGUGGUAAAAAAUUGGAACGUCUUAUCCAAGAUGAUGAAUUACCUGAAGUGUACCGAAAUGAUGAUGUAGUUGAAGAUGUCAGUCCUUUAGUGGAAUUUGGUCGUGGACAACGUGCUAGGGAAGAUGUACGAUAUGAUGAUGGUUUGACUGAGGAAGAAUGGACAGCCGCGUUGGAGAAUGAUGAUGUUGAUUUGGAUGAAUUGACUUCAAAUGAUCGACGUCGUGGUGAAAGAAACUCUGGCCAUUAUUCUGAUGAAAGUGAUUCUGGUGCGAAGCGUGGUGGUCGUCGAUCUAUGAUAGAUGAUGGUGGACCCAAGAAACGUGGACGACCAAAAAAGGGUGAAUUGGAAUCCAAGCGGAAGAAAUCAAAACGUGAAGAUUAUUCUGGACCUGAUCUCAUUCCCCCUCGUAUCAGACAACAAAUGACAGCCAUCUUUGAAAAGUGUUACAAGGCAGUAGAAGAAUCAAGAGCUGAAGAUGAACAUACCUAUCGACAACGAAGUCAAUUGUUUAUGGAUUUGGUUAGCAAACGUGACUAUCCCAUCUACUAUACCAUGAUCAAGAAUCCUAUUGCAAUGAAAAUCAUCAACAAACGUAUUCAUUCACCCUAUUACAAGACAAUUCAACAAUUCCGUGCAGAUUUUGAUCUUAUGUUUGACAAUGCAAGAACAUUCAAUGAAGAAGGAUCCUUUGUAUACGAAGAUGCUGAUGAAAUGCAGGUAAAAAAAUGA